CGGUGCAGAGGUACGAAUUGGAAACGCUAACAGCAAACUUGCUACCAACGCGAGCAUCCGCAUGCACAUUGCUUCAGCCUAACAGCUCCCACCGCGCACCUGUGGCUUCGGAUCAAGACCACGCAAAUCGCAACGUGCAAAUCGCCCUGCCACCGCAUAAUCAGAAAUGUCGCGAGCAUCGAAACUCACGCUUGGCGCGACGUCGCUCUUCGCUUUGAGCACCAUCGUGUUCGUCCACUUUCAGCAACAAGCUGAGCAGGCGGCAAUGCACCAAGGUGUUGUGCGCGACAUGGAGCAGCAACGCAUCAAGCGCGAGCGACAACUCGAUUUCGAUUUACAGAAACAACUGGAGGAAGAGUACAAACGCGAACAGAGCGUGAGGAGCUCCAUAGAUCCUCCUGGACAAGGAGGCUCGACAGCGCCGAGAUGACUGGGCACGCGAUCGGCAAUACUUGCGGCCAAACGCAUUGUAAAACAUAUACGUGACGCAUGCUGCGCUCGUUGUAAAAUCUUAUCGUGCUGCUACUGCUGGGCGUCACUAGCGACGGAUGCCAUCA